AUGACUGAUUCAGUCGCGUUCUCGUCAAAACAUAUAUCAUUCUUUACAGAAACUCUUAACUAUGUAGUUGUUGACAAACCGUACGACUUGUGCAUCAAUGGAGAGAAAGAGCUAGCAAAUCAUGGUCAAACUCUAGCAAGCCUAAUUGCCAAGCAAAGACCUGAGUUGGUCGACAAAAGUGUGUGUUCGGGCUUCAGAUUUCCUCACCAGCUCGACUAUGCAACAAGCGGUGCUAUAUGUAUUACACUGAACCGCAAAACCACAAGGGAGGUAGUGAAGCUGUUUGCAGAAAGAACUGUUCACAAGGAAUACUUAGCAUUGGUUCAUCAUCAUGUCAAAGAUGACCAACUUGUGGUGAUGUCAAUGAUCGGAAAAGAUUCCAGCGAUGAAACUGGGUUUGCAAUGACAUCAGAUGUUAAGAGAUACGUAAAACCCAAGCUGGCAGAAACGAGAGUAAAAGUCCUCGCUCGAGGGUAUUAUGAAGGCAAACCAGUCUCGAAACUUGCCAUCCAGCCAAUCACGGGGCGGAGACACCAGAUCAGGGUACAUUGCCGGGAUAUUGGUCACGCGAUUCUUGGCGACUACACAUACUCCGGGAAGAGAGAUGUCCAACCGUAUCGGAUGAUGCUGCAUUCCUGGAAACUUAAGAUACCUUUACAACAUGAUCCAAUUGAUGUUACCAGCAAAGAUCCCUUCCAUGUUUUCCAAGACGUCAACGGAUAAUUGAUGUUAGACUCAUACAAUACUUUAUAAAAUCAAUUUAUAGUUUCCCAACACUGUCAAACUAUAAAGUAAAUGGUUUGAACCCGGGA